AUGUCUCUGUUCGGCGGUCCGCUGCCGCCCGAGUCGCCCGCCAAUCCCCGCGAUGAAUCGCCCUACUUCCGCUCUUCGAGCCUGCCGCUGCCCUCCAGCCCACCGCCCGUCCCGGAUCCCGACAACGAUGAGCUCGUCUCGUCCGUCGAGCGCGAUCCCAGCACCGACGGCCACGCGCCGGAAGCCGGCGACGACGAGGAGUCCGGUAGCGAGUACACCAGCUCGGACAGCGAGAGCGAUCGCCCCAGGUUCCACGGCAAAUGGCAGACCUACCGCAGGUACAUCCAGGAGGAACGCGACCUCACUGAAUCGCUCGUAAAGCUGCGCGCUGAGGAUCUGAGUCUGCACCUCUACGACGUGCACGCCUUGAAGCGUCGCCUCCUCUCUGAACAGGCUGCUAGGAAGGCCGAGAACGAGAAGACCGGCGUUGCCGACGAAGGCGACGACGAUGACGAGCAAUGGAAGCCCGGGAGAAUGUGGACCGCAUGGCCACUCGAGCCGGAGCAGGUUCCCCGCCCUUACGAGCGCUUCACCAUACUGCCCACGAUUGACCCGGACGAGGAGCACACGGUUCGUCGGCCUGGACACGAGCGGCAGAGACCGAUCCGGGAUAUCAAGGAAAUUCUGGUGGGAUUGGUACAGAAAAAAGCAAGGGAGAAGUGGGACAGAAAAGAAUGGGAGGACGACACGGAGCCAGAGGCUGGCGAGGCAGGUCCAGCUUCGCGCGGGAGCUCUCACGAAGGAAGCAUGGAGAUUGAUGGACAAGCGCCCAAUCGCGGAGCUAGUGCAAGCCGCGCAGCCACACCCACUGGUUUCCGGCGGGAAUUCAUCCUGGAUGAUGACAAGGCGUAUGAAGCUCUUGGCCCGACCACUCGCUCCAUCGUGAGCAAAUUAAACGUUGUGCUCAUGGCCGUCCAUGAACGCAAUCGUUCCCGCGGCCGCAGCACCACGUCUCGGAAAGGGGCCAAUACCGCAACCGACACCGAAGCGUCUCGCUCUCGCAGCACGAAACGGCGGAAAAAGAAUCAAAGCGCGAGUGAAGGAGAAGCCAAAGUCAAGCGCGGCCGAGGCAGGCCACCGAAAUCCGCCAGCCAAACUCCCGGGCCCGAUUCCACGCCCUACGUCACAGAAGGCGAGGAGACGUCAGCUUCGGCGAAAAAACGCGGACGAGGCCGUCCGAAAAAAUGGGAACGGCUCCCUGGAGAGUCGUACUACAUGGUGAGGAAGCGUCUUGCGCAGCUCGCGGCUGAUGGUCAGCUUCCGGACGCUGCCGCAGGCAGCAACCCCCCAAGCCGAGCGCAAACCACCGAGCCCGAGCCCGACAGCUCCAGACCACCGACUCCGAACAACCCGUCCGCUUCAGCAGCUAAUCUGCUUGCGCGACCGCGGUCGGACAGCACAUCCUCGGAAGACAGCGAUGACAACAGACCGCGGAAGCCUUCUGGUGGGAAAGCACCGCCUCUGAAGGAUUGGCGCGAUGUCCUCGGCAAGGCUUCCUCGCUUGGUGGCUUUAGCGACGCUGUCAUUGCUCGCGCAACGCGGCGCUGCGCAGAGCUUUUUGGCGAGAACGCAACGGUUCGGACGGCGGAUAGCGGCGGUGCUGUUGAAGAGCCAGCCGAAGAAACUCAAGCAGAGCCUGUUGUCGUUGAGGAUGUCGGAGAAGGACCGUCUGUGCGAAGGCUACCUCAAGCUAAAACUGAAGAUGACAGAGAUCCUGCAACGGAGCCAGAUGCACACCGGCGGCAAAGUCACCCGCUGCCGAGCGAUAUUGACCCGGUGGAUGAUGACGAGGAAAGAGAUGAACACGAUAGGCCUUUCUGGGAUAGCUCCAGCCUCACAUGUCCUCAUCCCGAUUGUGAUCGACACACCGAGCCUUAUGAGAAACUCUGGCGGUUGCGGGAACAUGUUAAGAAAAAGCACAAGUACACGCUUAACGCUCCCCGAAUCAACGCAAAGGGAUCGAAGAAAAAAGCACGAAGGACGAAGAAGAAUAAAGAAAAAACAGAGGAGGAAAGCAAAGGAAAGGAGAAAGAGAAGAAUAAUGGCAAAGGGAACGAGAAAGAUGAUACAAAAGGGAAAAAGAGGAAAAGCGCAACAUCGCAGAAACGAGAGUAG